AUGGUAACAACAAAAGUACAUUUGGCCCAUGCCAAGAUUGUUGUCUGUAAUUUGGACUAUCGUUCUAUUGGAAAUGAAGGUAUUUAUCCGAAUACAUUCUAUGAUGCAGCCAAUGGUACUGAUCUGAUUCGAACAAUUGCUCACGAACAUGGUUUCAACAGCGAUCGAGUAAUCGUCGUCGGUCAUUCAGCUGGUGGACAGUUGGGAGGCUACAUAACAGGACGCUUCAGACUAAGGCCAGACCAACCUGGAUAUAGCACAGAUCCUUUUCGCCCAAUAGCUUUUGUUAGUCAAGCGAGUGUUAAUAAUAGGUGGGAUGGAUGCGAUCAAGCUAACGAAACAGGUUCUGGUGCAGUAAUCUCGUUUCUUGGUGGAACGUAUCAAAUGUAUCCAGAACGAUAUCUGUUAUCAUCAUUGGCGGCUUCGAGCAAUGUUUCAGUCAAGUUUGUAUAA